CCGGUCGACGUCGCUGUCGCUGUCGUCGCUGCUCGAGCUCUCUCUCUCACCCGUCACGUCACCCCACGCCAACAGACUGGUCCAAAAGCUUUGGCUCUUCCGAAGACCAGACGUGCCUGCGCAGUGACAUGUCGACCAUUGCCUGCGAACACGACUGGUGCUCUACUUGAGACGAUUGCAUACCGAUACUGUAGACCUGGCGCACAAUUGCCCGCCAAUGCCUGCCAUAGUACAACCGUAGUCGGUAGUCUAUAGUCUAUAGUCACUACAACUUCUCCAAGCCCGCAAGUGGACAAGGAGCACAAUAUCAAUAUCGACAUGUCUGGAUCAAUGCGCGAGUUGCUCAAGGCGCUCAACACGACCUUUUCCGCACCCGACCUUCCCUCUCCCCUCCCCUUCGAGCUGUGCGCAACCAUAGAAGCCUUCCUCGAGCGUUAUGACGGCAUCAAUGAACACGACUCGCAACGCUUCCACGAGGAUCUCCACGCCCUCUACUGGCGCCACGUCGCGAAUAACGCCGAGAAGCGCGGCGCUUUCCUGUCCACCCUCAGACUGCUGCGUCCUGCCAUAACCGGAGAGGUGCGCCUGACGACAUGGUGGAAUCUGAUCCUGAAGCCCAUCAUCGAUGGCAUAGGCCACAAGAAGACGGAGAUUGAAGAUGCCAGGGCUCUUCUGCACACCAUCUUGGUCUAUGAUCCAGACCUGGACAGAGAUGGGGAGCACGCCCGCUUAUCCACCCUCUUCACCCAAAAGAUACUGGACACAUACCUAGCGAGGACCACGGUACCUUCUUCGACCGACCAUGUCGUGUCCCCGGAGAAUGAGUUUGUGGCCCGCGAGCUUGAAUCCAUCCUGCUGGCUUUCGGGCGAAAGAUGCCCAAGCGACUGCUUCUCACACUCGACACCCUCUUCGUCCAGAAGCAACACCGCAUCCAGGCACUGAACCUCCUAAGCGCUUUUGUCCGUCUGCAGCCGCCGCACCUCCACCUAGUCCUCGACACCCCGCUCAUACAACAUCUCGAGAAAUGUCUACUCAUCGACAACUCUUCUACCGUCAUCGAGCUCGCCCUUGUCGUUCUCAUCAUGUUCCUACCCCACAUAUGUGGAGCAUUGACCUCGGAUCACCAUCUGGAGAAGUUGUUCCUUGUCUACUGCAGGAUAUUGUGUUGGGAUAAACUAGGCACCGGCAAUGAAAAGGCCGGCGAAGUCGACAUACAAGACGAUGACAGCGAAGACGAGGAUGAAGAGCAAGACGAGCCCGAGCAGGCCUGGGAGCAAGUACAACCCACCAUGGACUAUCCAGACUCACCACCACCCACGCUCAUGCACUACUUUACCUUUCUUUACGGACUGUUCCCGCUCAACUUUAUGAGCUUUGUGCGAAAGCCUAGAAAGUAUCUCAAGUCGCUCAACUUUCCUGGCGCUCGCGAUUUCGACCUGGACCAAUGCCUGAUUCACAGCCGGACAGAGCCCUAUCGACAGGUUCACCUACUUCACCCAAACAUGUUCAGCACCACGGUCGAGGAAGAACUGAUUGAGAAUAGAUGGCUGAAGAGUGACCCCGCAGAUGUCGUAAUUGAGUGCAUGGACCUUUGUGUAGCAGUAUCGUCGACCUUGGAGGACCCGGGACCACCGCCCAACGCUGCCUUACCACCUGUGCCAGCAAUCCAAACACAAUUUACCUUGGACGAUCAAGAUGACAGCACAGUGCAGGAUCCAGAAGAAAGCUGGAGAAACACACGAUCAACCAUGAAUGUCCCUUCAGGUGAUAUCCCAGACGUUCCUGACGCCUUCGAACUUCCGCCGAGUAGCAGGUCACUCAAGUCUACUGUAUCCGUCAAAUCCAUGGCUUCUCCUUUGCUAAAAGGUCGCGACGUCAUGGACUCCCCAACACUACCGCCUACGAAAGACACCAGGAAGCCGGAUUUGCCCACUUCACUCACAAUCCCUCACCAGCGAUCCCCAACGCAGCAGCCAAAUUUGGAGAGUUUUGCGCAGUCAAUCGCUGGGCCGAACCAGUCUACCCAAGGCGACUUUCAGAAUUCCACAAUGGCCUCCCUGCAAAGAGAGAUCAUGCUGCUCAGGAAUGAUCUAAACUUUGAACGCUAUCUCAAGUUGCAGCAUCUUUCCCACAUUGGACAGCUCCAGCGGAAACAUAUCAAGGAAGCAACGGCUGAAGCAGAGACACAGAAUUUGAUCAACACUAACAAGACCCUAAAGGCCCGCCUUGCCAAGGCAAACGAACUGUACGCCCAGCUAAAGAAGGAGACCCUUACAAGUCGGAGUCAGUCAAAGAAGUGGGAGGGCGAGCUAAACGCAAAGGUGCGGUCCUACAAGGAGAGCGAGAAAACAUGGCAUAGCGAUGAGGGCGGUUUGCGAUUCGAGUUGCAGAAGACGCAAGCUGACUAUGAGGAGCUCAAGAAGAUCGUGGAAAGGGCGGAAGCAGAACAAAUCAAGGCUCAGCAGCGAACAAAGGCGCUGGAAUACGAGUUGGAAGACUACAGCGACCUUCGACGCGAGCUUGAAGCUGCGCAAGACAAGAUCAUGGCAUUCGAGGACCAGAGGAAAGAGCUGCACAUUUUCAUGCAGGAGCGGAACGACUUGCGGAAUGAUCUGGAGAUUGUGAAUAUGCGGUUGAAUAGUCGCGAGCAAGAACGCGAUCGUUCAAUCAAGGCCUAUGAGCGUCGGAUCAUGGAGCUUGAGACGCGACUGCAGAUGUCAGACAGAAACACGAGUAAACCUGGGCAGCUUCCGUCUUCGGUCCAGCAGAUGCUCGACUCAGCACUUGCAGCGAGCAACGCCAAACUUCAGCAAAUGAAGAAGACCCAUUACCGCCUUCUUGAACAGCACACGGAGCUGCAGUUGAAAUGUCAAGAACUUGAAGGCGAGCUGCAGGCUGGCAUGGGGCAGCUCUAUUCUCGAGACAAGACUAGCCAGAUGGACUUUGGCACAUUGCAAGCGAACCGCAACUCCACUGCACGACACCCCAACUACACUUCGAGAUACUUUGCGCCUCUCUCGACAGAAUCGUCACAGAUCGAUGAGCAGGAUUACUACCCCGAACACCGCUCCCCCGAAUCGACACACAGUCCCACAUCAGCUGUACCACCAGCUGGACCUGCUCGUCUCGACUCGCUCCAACAAAACAAAUUCCAACGCUCCCAGGCCGGGCCAUCACCGUACCCCGGUUUCGGCGGCGGCUACGGGCCCGAGUACAGCGCAAACCACGACGCCAACCAACUGCAGGUCCAACAAGCCCAAUCGAGCGGUAAAAGCAGCUACUCAAAUGACACAGACGGCAGUUCGAGCAGGGGCGAUCGAAAAGACAAGACAGGAACAAAGCCCGAAGUGCGAAUAUACGGCCGUGGCGGGGCGCAGAACAUGAGCAAAAAGAUCAAAGAGAAGGAACAAAAAAAGCAGACGUCGACUAAAACUGGUGGCUUUCGUGGCUUGAAAGGCAUCAUAUUACCAAUGUGGUAA